AUGUUGAUAAGCACCAGCUUGAACGGUAUCGGUGUCGGUAUGUCGACGGACGGCAUGUCGCCCCAACAGAGCGUAGCCGGCGACGUCAGCGAAGAUGAAGUCGGCGAUAUCAACGUCGAUGACAGCGACAGCCAGCACAGUAAUGCGAGUAACAUAUCACAAUCUCACCACCUCAAUCAUCACCAUGCACAGCGUCUAAUGCAAUCUGACAGCGAUCGUCAGAGCGAGGAUUCAGCGGGCAGUUGUGCUGCUGUGAGCAGCCACCAUGCGUCCACUGCUUCGCUGUUGCGAAACAAUACAGGUGAAGCGUUAACGUUUAGCAUAUCGAGAUUAUUAGCCCCAAACAAUCAUCACCGCAAUGACGGUAGUGCGGCGAGCAGUCCGCAUGCUGCUUCUAUACCAACGUCUGGCCCAUCGCCGGAUCACCAGCAACAAUCGCAAAUUGCAGCGCAAACAUCCGCAGCAGCAGCAUUACCCGGCGGCUAUCUCGCUGGAUUAUACGCCAGCGGCGGACUUGCGGGGAUGGUAUAUGGCUCGGCGCAAGCUGGAGCUGGUGCUGGAGCUGGCGCUGGCGUUUUGAGGGUUCCAGCUCAUCGAAGUAUGGGUCCAUUAAGCGCACCGUUGGCUGGUUGGGGAGCUUUGGGAGCAUUGCAUCCUGCCGCAGCAUUAGCGCAUCAAGCGGUAAAGGACAGAUUAGCAGCUUCGUUUCCCAUGGCAAGGCGGAUAGGUCACCCAUACCAGAACAGAACUCCACCAAAACGAAAGAAGCCGCGCACCAGCUUCACGAGGCUACAGGUAGCAGAACUGGAAAAGAGGUUUCAUAAACAAAAAUACCUCGCUUCUGCAGAACGCGCUGCAUUAGCGCGAGGUUUGAAAAUGACAGACGCGCAAGUCAAAACGUGGUUCCAAAACAGGCGAACCAAGUGGAGGCGUCAAACCGCUGAGGAACGCGAAGCUGAGCGGCAAGCGGCCAACCGUCUGAUGUUAUCUCUGCAAGCGGAAGCAAUCAGCAAGGGUUACGGCCACACCGGCUCCGCUCCUCCUCCCGGGGCACCAUUGGCGGCCCUGCAUGGUCUUCAGCCUUGGGCGGAUGGUGCACCACCAGGGUGCUAA